AUGACCGCCGCAAUUCCGAAAAGCGCCUGGAUUAGCAUCUACAAACAAUUGCAGAAGGAAGCUGAUAAGGUAGAAUUGUUAGAAACCCACAAAAACCACUAAAAUCCCAAAAUUUCCCUGAAAAAAUCGAUUUUACUCAAUUUUUCGCGUUCAGAUCCCGCAGUACAACUACCGCACGUUCUUCCAACGUCGAAUUCGUGAUCACUUCGUCGCAAAUCGCUCUGUGAGCGCUCCGGACGCCCAAAAGAAGCUCUACGAGGAGGCCGUCCGAAAUUUGGAAGUUUUGAAGCGUCAGACCGUCUUUUGCAGCCUUUAUCCCCAUAAAAAGACCGUUGUCGAGGAGAAAAUCGGUAGGAAAUCGCGUUGUCUCAUUGUUUUCAUUCAAAUUAUUAUGAAAACCGUGUUUUUCCACUCUAACCUGCGAAAGUUUGAAAAUGUUUAGGGUUUGACCUAUUUUCCAGAAAAACGCGGGAAAUUUUUUUUAAUCCUCCGAUUUUUCGUCGCUCUUUUUCUACAAUUUCUCACAUUUUCAGCCCACUAA